AUCAUGCUGUUUUCUUGUUUGUUAUCUCCUACGAAAAAGAGCUCGGGCUACCGUUUCCGGAAACAAUGAAGAUUUGGGGAUUCCCAAGCUGCCACCCGCCCCCAGACAACAACCUUGCCUCCCAUCUUGGUCAUUGGGAACCCCUUCCCCGAAUCCUGGCUGGAUGAUGUCACAGACAGGUGACCUCACUGUGGCCAAGGAACCCGGAAUCUCGGUGACAUGGGGGAGGGGGGAGGAUGUUUCUCCACCACCCCAACCCCCCAUGUCUGUGGUGAAGUCGAUUGAAUUAGUGCUGCCCAAGGAUGCGGUCUACCUGGCUGGCUCCAGCAUAAAAGGGCAGGUAGUCCUAACCCUGAACAGUACCCUGGUGGACCCCAUAGUGAAGGUGGAGCUCGUGGGAAGAGGUUACGUGGAGUGGAAUGAAGAAACUGGAGCAUCCCGGGAUUAUAGCCGAGAUGUUAUUUGCAACAACAAAGCUGACUACGUGCACAAGACAAAGACAUUCCCAGUGGAGGAUAAUUGGUUAAGUGCAGGCAGCCACACCUUUGACUUCCAUUUCAACUUACCUCCCAGGCUCCCUUCUACCUUCACCAGCAAAAUAUGCCACGUCUUUUACUUCGUUCAGGCCUCCUGCAUGGGUCGGGAGCACAUUCUAGCCAAGAAGAGAAUGUACUUGUUGAUUCAAGGGACUUCGGAUUUCCACGCAGAAAACCCAUCGCAGAUUCCUCUGUUUGUGGAGGCUGAGAAGAAGAUCUCUUACAACUGCUGCAGCCAGGGCACCAUCUGCCUGCAAAUCCAAAUGGAAAAGAACACCUUCGUGCCGGGAGAGAAGGUCAUUUUCACCACGGAGAUCAACAACCAGACGAGCAAGUGCAUAAGGACGGUCAUCUUUGCCCUCUACGCCCAUGUGCAGUACGAGGGCUUCACGCCCAAGGCCGAGCGGCGCUCAAAGGUGGACAGCAGCGAGCUGCUUCGGCAGGAGGCCAACACCCAGAUCACGCCCUUCAACACCACCAAGAUCGUCAGCACCUUCCACCUCCCGCCCGUGCUGUCCGUGAGCGGCGGCGCUCGGGACAACGAGAUCAUGAACACCCACUAUGAGCUGAUCAGCACCAUCCACCUGCCCUGGUCCCUGACCAGUGUCAAGGCCAAGGUGCCCAUCAUCAUCACCAGUGCCCCUGUGGACGCGGACAGCUGUCGGUUGCUGGAGGGGGCGGUGUUGCCCAAGAGCCCAGAUGGAUCGUCAGAUUUAAAUGCACAAACAAAUACGUAUUAAAAGCUUUAUCAGACUCUAAGGCAGGGCCUUUCUUUGUCUUCACAACUGGCCUUCUGAUGAGUCCGAGCAUGGCAGCGUGUGCCCUGCACUUUGCCAAGCUCCAGCCAGGCAGGCAUUCAU